CCCUGCUGACCUGCUCUCCUCUCCUCUCGAUUUUACUCGGCGACCCAUCCCUGCUCUUCUCUCUGGAUUCUUAUAAGCAUAGACAAGUAGACAACUCCAACCUCGCUCGAUGGAAAGUUUGUUGGUUGAAGUAGCUGUUUUUUUUUCAUGCACUGGUGUAGGAUAUUAUCUCUUCGGCCGUAAAAUUAGAAGGAGAGCUGACUACUUGGACAAUAUUACCCGUGUACGCGAUCUAAAUCGGUUAGAUGAUGAGUUGCUUGCAAAAAACACCACGAGUCUCCUUGUUGUGGUAUCCGGAAGAGUUGGUUCUGCAGCGGCCCUUAACUGCAAGAAUAAUGGUCUCUUGGGUGUUCUUGUGAAGGAACAGGCCAAAGUGGAUUGUAAGAUCGAGUUAGAAGAUGGUAGUUUGGUAAAGACGUCUCUAAACUUUCUGUUACGUCAAGAGGAGACUCCUUGGUAUCUAGAAGAUAAUACGGGUCAUCAGGUGAAUGUACUGGGAGUUGAAGAUGCCGUUGGAUUUCAUGGUAUUUUUAAUCGGUAUCCAUUUGAUAUGCCAGCAAGUGAACUCUUCGAAGGGGUUGUUUUACCCCAAGGCACAAAGGUACUUGAACAUAAUUGUCAUGGGCGUGCUCUUAAUAUUGGUACUUACUUGACUUUUGUUGGCAAGGCUGUAAAAGACAAAGCUGGGAAUCUCGUGAUUCAAGGACCCAAGGGACGAUCUCUUCGGGUCUUUAAAGGAGAGGGCUCAUUUGAAAGUAUGGUUGAUAAACUGAAGUCAAAGUCAGAGGCUUGUAUGAUGAUGGGGAAGAUUUUUGGAAUAUAUAAGAAAGAAUUGCUAGAAGAGUUAGAUAGAAGAUCAAAGAAGAAGUCUAAAUCAUACAGCGGGACAACCCAUAAGCGAGAAAAAUUAGACACCAGCCCUUUGCCCGUAGGAUUAGCUUGCCUUCUGGUUGAAGAUUGUUGAAACGCUUGGAGUGUUGCAAAGAUACAAAGGAGGAAUCUUUUUAGUUUGUAACCUAUCAUGGAUUCAGUAUAUAAUACACUUUG